AUGUCACCGCGGCAGCUGGCCACAAGCACCACCUACACCCUCGCCCACACCGCCCAGUGCAAGCUGAAACUCGCUGCAAACCGUCCUGACCGGAACUUGCGAUUUGUCCUUGGCCAUGCCUUCACACUGGACAAUCUUAUGGUGCGGAUAGUCGAGAUCGAGAAUCAGAAUGCCAAAUCCAUUUUCCAGGAAGGGAAGCCACCGAACGACCAUGGAGGGGAACACUAUGACUGCACAGCAUCACAGCCAAUAGCCCCGGAACCUGACCCUCAUUACGACUGCACAGCGGCGAAGCCAGCAUCGCCAGAGCCCGAGGCGAGGGGUCGCAGGGUUAGUUUUCACGAUAACAACGCCCGACCAUCCAGCACAGUAGGUGUGGCAUCUAGCAACCGGGCCAGUGGCACUCCUUCACCGGCACGCAAGCGAUCUCCGCCGCCCACCUUUGCGCAGCAUAAGUAUCUCGAUGAAGAGCAGGACGACGAUGACACGUCCUCGGACGACUACGACGAUCCCGAAUCGUACCACUAUGACUGUACCGCGGCUGCCCCGGAGACAGAGCCAGAAAAGCCGGGGCCGAAACAUAGACCGGUGCACGACGCAUAUUCAGACGAGGAAGACGCGGCACUCGAGCUCGCCGACGAUGAACUCGACGACGAAAUGAACGACUUGUCCCUGACGCGCUUCGGUUCCGCCACGGCACACCCGCCACGGAUGGUCCACUCCGACUCCUCGUCCGACGAAGAGGAUGAGGCCAAGGUGGAGCCAGUGACGCCGCCUCAGUUGCCGGCCGACGUCGAUGUCAGAGAGAUCAUGGGCGGCGAGCAGGACCGCGAAUUGACAGAUCUGUACGAGAGUGUGAGAGGUUGCGCCUGUCACGGGAAGAGGGAGGAUCCCGACCUCGGGGCCCGUCCGCAAGGCAUAUGGGACGUGCCUGUGGAGAAAACGGGAGGAAAGCACUUGGCCGUGGUGGCAGUGGCCGCUGCAUAG